GCCUGAUAAUGACUGUAAGUAAACCAUGUUACUUUGGAAACCUGCUGCUGGGGAUCGUUGGAGUGGAUGUUAAUCUUGCAUAUAUCUUGGAAGAUGUCACCUAUUAUCAAGACUCCUUGGGUUCCUACACUUUCCUCAUUGAUAAUAAAGGGUACACUCUUAUGCACCCAUCCCUUACCAGGCCCUACCUGCUGUCUGAACCACCUCUCCACACAGACAUUAUCCAUUAUGAGAACAUUCCUAAAUUCGAGCUGGUGCGCCAGAACAUCCUGAGCAUCCCCCUGGGCAGCCAGAUCAUUACAGUUCCUGUGAACUCCUCGCUGUCCUGGCACGUAAACAAACUGAGGGAGGUGGGAAAAGAAGCCUACAACGUCAGCUAUGCCUGGAAGAUGGUCCAGGACACGUCCUUUAUUCUGUGUGUCGUGGUAAUACAGCCAGAAAUCCCUGUUAAACAGCUGAAGAAUCUCAACAUUGUCCCCAGCAGCAAGCUCCUGUACCAUCGACUGGAUCUGCUGGGCCAGCCCAAUGCCUGCCUGCACUUCAAGCAGCUGGCUACCUUAGAAAGCCCGACGGUGAUGCUGUCGGCGGGCAGCUUCUCGUCUCCUUACGAGCACCUCAGCCAGGCGGAGACGAAGCGGAUGGUGGAGCACUACACGGCCUACCUGAGCGACAACACGCGCCUCAUCGCCAACCCGGGCCUCAAGUUCUCUGUCAGGAAUGAAGUAAUGGCUACCAGUCACGUCACAGAUGAAUGGAUGACACAAAUGGAAAUGAGCAGCCUGAACAGCUCCAUUGUGCGCCGUUACAUAGCAACCCCCAAUGGGGUGCUCCGAAUUUACCCCGGCUCCCUCAUGGACAAAGCAUUUGAUCCCACCAGGAGACAAUGGUACCUGCAUGCAGUGGCUAAUCCAGGACUAAUUACCUUUACUGGUCCCUACUUGGAUGUGGGAGGGGCUGGCUACGUCGUUACCAUCAGUCACACUGUCCAUUCUUCCAGUGCUCAGAUGUCUUCAGGACAUUCGGUGGCAGUAAUGGGCAUUGACUUCACCCUGAGAUACUUCUACAAGGUGCUCAUGGACCUGCUGCCAGUCUGCAACCAAGACGGAGGAAACAAAAUAAGGUGCUUCAUCAUGGAGGACAGAGGGUACCUGGUGGCACACCCAACCCUCAUCGAUCCCAAAGGCCACGCGCCCGUGGAGCAGCAGCACAUCACACACAAGGAGCCUCUGGUGGCAAAUGACAUUCUGAACCACCCCAACUUUGUCAAGAAGAACCUUUGCAACAGCUUCAGUGACAGAACGGUGCAGAGGUUUUAUAAAUUCAAUACCAGCUUGGUGGGUGACCUGACAAACCUUGUGCAUGGCAGUCACUGCUCCAAGUACAGGCUGACGAGGAUCCCAGGCACCAACGCCUUCGUGGGGAUCGUCAACGAGACCUGCGACUCGCUCGCCUUCUGUGCCUGCAGCAUGGUGGAUAGGCUCUGCCUCAACUGCCACAGAAUGGAGCAGAAUGAGUGUGAGUGUCCCUGCGAGUGCCCGCUGGAGGUCAACGAGUGCACCGGCAACCUCACCAACGCCGAGAGCAGGAAUCCAAGUUGUGAAGUCCAUCAGGAGCCCAUGACCUUCACAGCCAUCGACCCCAGCCUGCAGGAUGCUCUCCCCCAGUGCAUCAACAGCCAGUGCAACCAGAGGACAGAGAGCGG